AAAAUCAAUGCCCCAAUUGCAAAAGAAGCAAUUGAUGAGGAAUUUAAUGUGAAAAAUCAAAGCCCUAUACGCGAAAAAAGAAAGCUUUAAGAUAGAUGGAGGAGGAAGGUAGAAGGUUGAAGAGAGGGUAGGAGACGAGUGCGGUGAAGCCAAGGGCUAAUGAGGAGGAGAACAAGAGAGGAAGUCAAUCUUUAGUUCACAAUUUGAGCUCCAAUAAUGGCGGGGGCAUAAACCAAGGCAAGGCUCAAAUGGGUGAAGAACAAGAGCCCAGACCACAUGAUCGAUACUCAGACCGAUCUGAACGCAGCUUGCCUUCUCAAGGAUGGUUUCAAGCCCUCGCCUACCGACUUCCUCACCGCAAAGUCUUCUGCGAAUUGGCAAAACGCUUCUAGGCUUCACAGUAGCUGUUCUUGGCUUUCUCCGCAGGUGCACACUUUCUUGAAAGGAUUGGAAAAAAUAGCUGCCAGUGCAGACAUUCCAAUGUUGGUAUGUGGCGAUUUCAAUUCUGUUCCUGGAAGGUAUUUUUGUUCACUUCUGUGUGGUGCUUCGCAUGCACUUCUUGCCAUGGGAAAGAUAGAUCCAAUGCAUCCAGAUUUAGUGGUAGAUCCUCUUGGAAUUUUACGUCCUCAUAGCAAGUUGGCAUAUCAGCUCCCACUGGUUAGUGCCUCCUCAUCCCUUGCAAGGGUGGGUGUAGGUCUGUGUUUGGAACAGAAAAGGAGGAGAAUGGAUCCCUCAACAAAUGAACCCUUAUUCAUGGAUUGCACUAGAGAUUUUAUUGGAACUCUAGAUUACUUAUUUUGCACAGCUGGUUCUUUGGCGGUGGAGUCCUUAUUGGAACUCUUGGAUGAGGAUGGCUUGAGGAAAGACAUAGCUCUUCCUUCUCCAGAGUGGUCCUCAGAUCAUAUAUCUCUUUUAACCGAAUUUCACUACAUGCCUAGGCUUAGACGCUGACACUUUAGGUGUGCUUUUAACUGAGUUAAUGCAUGCUAUUUUAUUGAAAGCUGUAGGAUAAGAAGUUUUUGUAUGUGUUUGAGAUAGAAUAUCAUGGCUAUUUCUCAGGUUGACUGACUAUUACUUGUGGUUGUCAAAUGCCUGGAGGUUUAAGUUUCACCUUGUUGGCUUAAAUAAUAGAUAAUUGUUCUGGUCUCUCUAGUCAUUAAUGUAUCUGGUUACUGGUUUCAGGUCUGGAGAUGCCCUAGAAAUGGGGGAAGGAGAAGCUGAUGAUACAGAUAUGUUAUUGCAAAAAGGGAAAAUGAUUCACCCUAUGUUCUUACUUGAAGGAUUAAUGAUAGGACCUUGCAAUGAUCUGCUUUGCAUAAUGGCGCCUUUGUUUCACAAGAAAAUCGUGGUCGUGCCCUUUUUCAACACCUUUUCCCCUUGCCUACUGAAAUGUCUAGUGGCUCAAUAUAAUUAGUUCUCUCUGCAAAGUAUAUGGUUAGUGGCAUUGCAAUUGAUUGCAUGUCCCUUUCUUCCAUCUUGGUCCUAUGUUUCUUCCCCUUUUUCUUAAUUGAGGAAUAAAAAUCAAGUUCAUAU